AGGCGCCAGGCAUAGAAGCACCACCAUCACUACCAUCACCAUCACAUUCUACCAUACCUUUACUUCACCAUGGCCUCGUCCACCAUCUACGAAGCCACAUGCUCGGCUCCAGUCAACAUUGCGGUCAUCAAGUACUGGGGCAAGCGCGACACCUCUCUCAUUCUGCCCACAAACGACUCUCUUUCUGUCACCCUUGACCAAGAUCAUCUCCGCUCUGUGACUACUGCCCGUGCGGAUCCUUCCUUCAGCUCACCACCAGAGCGGUUAUGGCUCAAUGGAGUGGAAGAGGAGAUCAAGUCUCAGGGCAGGAUGAGGACUUGUAUUGAUGAGAUGAGGAAGCUGAGGAAGGGGUUGGAGGACAAGGAUGAUAAGCUGCCAAAACUCUCAACGUAUGGUCUGCGCAUCUGCUCGGAGAACAACUUCCCCACAGCUGCCGGUCUCGCCUCAUCUGCCUCUGGAUUUGCUGCCCUGAUCUACACUCUCGCAUCCCUUUACGAGCUGCAGCCUGCUGUGUCCACCUCUCAUCUGUCGAGGAUAGCUCGCCAGGGCUCCGGUUCGGCCUGCCGCUCCCUCUUCGGGGGCUUCGUCGCCUGGCAAGGUGGUGAGACGACCGAUGGGUCUGACUCAUUGGCGGUAGAAGUAGCGCCCCAGGAGCACUGGAGCGAGCUGCAGGCCCUCAUCUGUGUCGUCUCUGAUGCCAAGAAGGGCACUCCCUCCACCGCCGGCAUGCAGAGGACCGUAGCCACCUCGCCCCUCUUGCAACACCGCAUCCGCGAAGUCGUCCCUGCGAGGAUGAAGGACAUCUCCCAGGCCAUCAAGGCGCGCGACUUCAACCGCUUUGCAGAGAUCACCAUGGCCGAUUCAAACAACUUCCAUGCCACGUGCCUCGAUACCUCCCCACCCAUCUUCUACAUGAACGAUGUAUCGCGGGCCAUCGUCCAGCUCGUGGAAGAGGUGAAUCGGGCUAGUGAGGAGGCAGGCAAGGGAAAGAUUGUUGCCUACACUUAUGAUGCAGGACCGAAUGCAGUGCUAUAUGCGCCAAAGGAGAAUGUAUCCUUGGUGCUGGGAUUGAUCAGGCACUAUUUCCCAAAUGCAGACUUUGACGACACGUUCAACCUUCUCUCCUCGGGCGCAAACGCCUCGCACCGCGGCGCAAACCAGCCUGCCUCCCCUCUGCCCACACAGGAACAAGGUCUCCCUGCUGGAUUCAACAGCGCCGUCAUUCCCGUGCACGAGGCGGGGGCUGUACGACGACUGAUCCAUACGCAGGUGGGGGAUGGACCUAGGUUGCUUGCUCGUGGUGGCGCGGAUGACGAGGUGGGAUUGCUCAAUGCUGAGGGAGAGCCGAAGAGGCUGCAGAGGAGCAAGAGGGCAUGAGUGAAUGGGUGAGAGUCGGAGGUCAAAGAGGGGCAGAAGGAGUUUUGACAAGAGUGGUCAGUCAGAGGCCGAAUCGCAACCGGAUGCACCUCCGUCAUUGUUGUCAUGUGAUCAAACAUGGUAUUUCAAUUGUCCAAAGAAUGCAAAUACGAUUGCGAAUGCU